AUGGUUCAAGGUCUGAUGAAACUAAGCUGCCAUGCAAGAACCCUGGAUUCAGGUGCCACCUUAAGCCCCAUUUGUACAGCUGGAAGCAUAACAUUCAGAGGCUCAUUACCAAGGGACUUGCCUAACAGUGUGAUUUUGAAAGGCCCAUCCCCUGGGUCACAUUUUUCAGAAGGUGACCACAAGAUCCAAUACACUGUGUAUGACAGAGCAGAAAACAAAGGCACUUGCAAAUUUCUUGUUAAAGUCAGAGUGAGGCGCUGUGGUAAACUGAAUGCCCCAGAAAAUGGCUACAUCAAAUGUACAGGUGAUGGAGAUAACUAUGGUGUCACCUGUGAGUUUUCCUGCAUUGGUGGAUAUGAGCUGCAGGGAAGCCCAGCCAGAGUGUGCCAGUACAAUUUAGGCUGGUCAGGAACGGAGCCAACCUGUACACCUAUGAAUAUUAAUGUUGCUGUGAGAACUGCAGCGGCCCUCUUGGAUCAGUUUUAUGAGAAACGGAGACUACUAAUUGUAUCAACUCCUACUGCAGCCAAUUUUUUCUACAGGUUGCAAUUGGGAAUGCUGCAGCCAGAGCAAUGUGGUUUAGACCUCCGACAUGUUACAGUGAUCGAAUUGGUUGGUGUUUUUCCAGCACAGAUAGGAAGAAUAGGAGUGAAGUUGCUGCCUCCAGCACUUGCUUUGCAACUCAGGUUGUUGCUGCGCAUCCCCCAUUAUAACUUCAGUGUGGUGGUGAUGGACAAGCACGGCAUGGACAAAGAGCGUUACUCUUUCCCACCUACACCGGCGCAGCUCUUUGCGCUCAUUGACACCUUCCCCUUGAGAAAAGAAGAGAUGAAAUUGCAAGCAGAAACUGGCCAGUCAUGUACCUGAUUCAGAAUCAUGGCGUUUCCUCUGGUAGUGAAUUGUAUGAUCAUCCCUAAUCUCCCCCGGGGUGCUACACCACGCAUGGCUUUUUAAAAUCACUGAUGUACAGAUUUUGUGUGUGUAUUUUUAAGUCUAUUUUAUUGUGUAGCUUCUCUGCAUAGGACAGAUGCAUGAUGCUUUUUUGAACUUUCAGCCAUCUUUAGAGAAAUUUGUACUUCGUACUACUCCCCUCUGGAAACCCUUGUACAGC